AUGUCGAUCGUGGUGGCGCCGGAGGUCGCGGCCGCUCUCGCGCGCUGCGGCGCGGUCGUCGCCCUCGAGUCCACCACCAUCUGCCACGGUAUGCCGUACCCGAAGAAUCUUCAGACCGCCAUGGAGGUGGAGGCCAUCGUCAGGGACAAUGGGGCUAUCCCUGCCACCAUAGCCAUCCUAGACGGAGUUCCCCAUGUCGGCCUUAACAGCGAACAAUUGAAGAGAUUGGCUAUAAGUGGAAGGCAAUUUCAGAAGACGGCUAGAAGGGAUAUUGCCCAUGUUGUCGCCUCUGGUGGCAAUGGAGCAACAACUGUUUCGGCCACUAUGUUCUUUGCUUACAAGGUUGGCAUACCAAUUUUUGUUACAGGGGGCAUAGGAGGUGUGCAUAGAGAUGGUCAACAAACUAUGGACGUCUCCUCAGACUUAACUGAACUUGGAAAGACGCCUGUAGCUGUUGUAUCGGCUGGUGUGAAGUCCAUUUUGGACAUACCGCGGACACUAGAGUACCUGGAAACUCAAGGGGUAACUGUUGCUGCUUACAGAACCAAUGAAUUUCCUGCUUUCUUCACUGAAAUUAGUGGAUGCCAGGUGCCAUGUCGUGUUGAUUCUCCAGAAGAGUGUGCCAAAAUAAUAUAUGCAAACAAGAACCUGCAUCUUGGUUCUGGGAUUCUUAUUGCAGUACCUAUCCCCAAGCAGCAUGCAGCUUCAGGGAAAAUUAUAGAGUCUGCAAUACAGACAGCUCUAAAAGAGGAAGAGGAUAAAAGGAUAAUAGGAAAUGCGAUCACUCCCUUCAUGCUUGAAAGAGUAAAAGAACUAACUGGAGGAUCUUCCUUGGAAGCUAGUAUCCUAUAA